UUGAGUUCGAAUUUUAAUAUAUUUUUAGCCUGGCGAAAACCAUACUUCAAUAGCGAAGAACCGUUUUUGCUGGAAGAAAAUUUGCCCUCAAAAAAUCCGUUCGAGAUUUUCGAUAUUUGGUUAAAAAAUGUGGCGGCGAAAAAAGAUGUAUCGUUCGAGGAAGUGAAUGCUGCUUGCUUCUCAACCGUAAGGGAUUUCAGUGCUUUUUUUGCAUUAAAUCGAAUUUGUAACAGGCAUUAUUUUAUAAAAGAAUUACUGAGCAGCAUUUUAGAUUUUGUAUUAUGCUUCCAGGCUAUCAACAAUCGACCAAAAUCACGUAUGGUACUGAUAAAAGAAUAUGACAUGGAAGGCUUCAGUUUUUACACACAUUAUAAAAGCGCGAAGGGAAGAGAAAUCGAUGCAAACCCAUAUGGAUGCAUACUUUUUUAUUGGCCUGCUGUUGAUAGACAGGCAAGUCGUUUCAUACUUCUGCGUGGAAAACAAAAAUCCGUGACUGUAUCUUGUCAAAUAAUCUAUUUUAAGGUUCGAGUGGAAGGUAAAAUAGAGAAAUUGCCGUUGAAUGCAGCGGAGUCGUAUUGGUACCAGCGACCGCUGAAGAGUCGCAUCGGUUCAAAACUAAGCAACCAGAGCGCAGUGAUACCCAGUAGACAGUAUUUGGAAGAGCAAAAGAAAAUUUUGGAAAAACUUGCUGCUGAGAAAGGUGAAGCUGCAAUCACAAGGCCCGACGAUUGGGGAGGCUAUCGGUUACUUCCGGAUUAUUUCGAAUUUUGGCAGGGUCAGAGCGAUAGAGUACACGAUCGCAUUGUCUUUGAAAAAGCGAACGGCGAAUCCGAAUGGACAGUCAAACGUCUUUCGCCAUAA